AUGGUGGAAAAGGACUUGGUGGUCUUCGAGGAUGUGGCUGUGGACUUCACCCCGGAGGAGUGGGCUUUGCUGGAUGGUGCUCAGAGGAAGCUCUACAGAGAUGUGAUGCUGGAAACCUUCAAGAACCUGGUCUCAGUAGAUAAUGAGAUUCAACUUAAAACCAAUGGGUCCAUUUCUCAGCAGGAUAUUUUUGGAGAAAAAUUAUCCAACGAACAGAAAAUAGCAAGGUUCACAAAAAGUGAUUGCUGGACCUCCCUUUUAGGAGAGAAUUGGGAAGACCAGGAUAUUGAAGAUAAGCACAACAACGAGGGGAGACAUUUGAGCAGAAAUCGUAUUGUGGAGAGAUUCUGUGCUAGUAGUAAAGGUAAUAAAUAUAGAGUAACCUUCAGGCGUAUUGCAAAUCGUAAGCUGUACAAGAAAACUUCUACUAGAGUAAAGCUGUAUGAGUGCAGUCAGUGUGGAAAAGUCUUCAGGCAUCGUUCAUCCCUUAAGAGGCACAGAAGAAGUCACACUGGAUGCAAACUAUAUCAAUGUGAGGAAUGUGGGAAAGCCUUCAGUUGUUCUUCAUACCUAAGGAAUCAUGUGAAAACUCACAGUGGAGAGAAACCUUAUGCAUGUAAACUUUGUGGGAAAACAUUUAUUCGUUCCCAUUCCCUCACUGGACAUAUAAGGAGUCACACUGGAGAGAAGCCCUAUGAAUGUAAGGAAUGUGGGAAAGCCUUCAGUUGUCCUAAAUCCUUUCGAGUACAUGUGAUGAUGCACAAUGGAGGGAGACCCUAUGAAUGUAAGCAGUGUGGGAAAGGCUUCAGUUGUCCCAAAUCCUUUCGUGUACAUAUGAUAAUGCACACUGGAGAGAAACCCUAUGAAUGUAAGCAGUGUGGGAAAGCCUACUGUUGGCUCACGUCCUUUCAAAGACAUGUGAGAAUUCACAAUGGAGAGAAACCCUAUAAAUGUGACAAAUGUGGGAAAGCAUUCGGUUGGCCCUCAUCCUUACACAAACAUGUCAGAAUGCAUGCUGAAGAGAAGCCUGUAAAUGUAAGCAAUGUGGGAAAGCCUUCAACUGGCCCUCACCCUUCCAAAAAUGUAAAAAUGCAGACUAGAGAGAUACCCUAUAAAUGUGAAAAAUGUGGGAAAACAUUCGGUUGGUCCUCAUCCUUACACAAACAUGUCAGAAAGCAUACUGGAGAGAAACCUAUAAAUGUAAGCAAUGUGGGAAAGCCUUCAGUUGGCUCUCAUCCUUCCAAAACUGUAAGAAUGCAGACUAGAGAGAAACCUUAUAAGUGUGAAAAGUGUGGGAAAGCUUUCAGUUGUCACAAAUCCUUUCAAAGUCAUGUGAGAACCCAUAGUGGAAAGAAACCGUAUAAAUAUAAGUAAUGUGGGAAAGCCUGAUGCAAGUUAAUUCAUGUAUAACAGUUUAGAAAAUUCACACCAGGAGAGAAAUCUUAUAAAAGUUAUAAAUAUAGUGACUUGAUCAGUACUGCAUCCUUAAAGUGGGCCCCU